UCCUGUUUUGGCGCGAAAUUUCGCCGCAAGACCUCCUACUUUUAUGCGGAUAGCAUUCUGAGGGCAGCUUGUGUGUCAUAGACAUUUGCGUCCUGUGUCCUUUUAGCACUUUAACCCAUCGUUCUUGCAGUUUUGUUUUGGGAGUGUAAUCUACUAUAAAGAAGCCCGAGUGUUUAUUUUGCAGAAAUUUGACUUCUGACGUAGCGUGGACCGACUACCCCAAGCUGAGGUGCCAGGCAGCAGAUUUAGUCUGUCAGGAAGAAGAAACUGCGCGGCACGUUUUACUUUUUUUGGUCAAAUUUUACUGACAAUGAACAGAGAGAUUGGUGUGCAUGCAAAACGAAUCGCUGCCCUGCUCAGCGCACCCAUUAAUCAAAGAGCAUCGUCCAAUCGGCAUGCUGAACAUGCGAGCAUAAAAGACGAAACCCGAAGCGUGUCCCCUCAUUGUCCGAAGCCCAAUGAACCAGAGCAACCCCAGGGUACUGCUGUUGAGGGCGCCGCUGGCAGUGAGACACCCAACAUAAAAGACGAGACAGAAGAAAAUGUCGUCACCAAAGAGAUGGAAGAGGAAGAGAAACACUUAAUGGAGGAAGGGGAGAGAAUGGAGAAAGAGAUGAUGGACAAGGCUCGUGCAACUUGGGAGAGAGAAACUCACGAAAUGCGGUUUAGGAGGCUGCAGCACCUGUUGGAGAAGAGUAAUAUCUACUCCAAAUUUCUGCUGACCAAGAUGGAACAGCAGCAGCAGGAGGAAAAAUUGAGAAAAGAGCGGCUUGAGAGGAAGGCUUCGGCCCAGAAACAGAAGGGAAACGGCCAAAAGACUGAGAAAGCUGACAGGAGGAAACGUGACAGGGAGGAAGAAUACAAAAUUGCAGAUGUAAUGUCCAAAGAGGAAAUAUUGUCAAAGGCCAAAAAGCCUAAACUUGUGAAGGAAGCCUCUUCCCAACCUAAAAAGCUGGAGGCAGAGGACAUUGCAAAAAUGAGUGACUCCAAUGAAGAGAUCAAGGGUCGUUUGUCAGAGGCCGUGCGGGACAGCGCCAAGCACUUGUUGGACCCCACGCGCCGUGUGAAUGGGCAACCUGUUCCCUUUCAUCAGCCCCGGCUUUUUACGGGUGGAGUCAUGAGGUGGUACCAGGUGGAGGGCAUCGAGUGGCUCAGGAUGCUGUGGGAGAAUGGGAUUAAUGGCAUCCUAGCUGACGAGAUGGGUCUUGGGAAGACCAUCCAGUGCAUUGCACACAUCGCCAUGAUGGUCGAGAAGAAGGUGCUGGGACCCUACCUUGUGGUAGCACCGCUCUCCACAGUGUCCAACUGGAUCUCUGAGUUCAAACGCUUUACACCUGAUGUAUCUGUGUUGCUGUACCAUGGGCCCCAAGCAGAUCGGAUUAACCUGGUCAAGAAGAUUCACAAGACCCAGGGGCCCCUGAACAUGUACCCUGUGGUCAUCACAUCCUUUGAGAUAGCCAUGAGGGAUCGCAAGUACCUACAGCGGUUCCAGUGGAAGUACUUGAUCUUAGACGAGGGUCACAGGAUAAAGAACCUCAACUGCAGGCUGGUGCAAGACCUCAAGACCUACCCCACGGACAACAAGCUGCUCCUCUCAGGCACUCCCCUGCAGAACAACCUAGCUGAGCUCUGGUCACUGCUCAACUUCCUACUGCCAGACGUCUUUGAUGAUCUCAAGAGUUUUGAGUCCUGGUUUGACAUCAGUACCAUCAGUUCUGACGCUGAAAGCAUUGUUGCCAGUGAACAAGAGAAUAAUAUCCUGCACAUGCUUCACCAGAUUCUGACCCCCUUCCUACUGAGGAGGCUGAAGACUGAUGUUGUACUUGAUCUGCCUCCAAAGAAGGAGAUCCUGGUGUAUGCUCCAUUGACUUCAAAGCAGGAGUCCCUGUACACCGCUAUCAUGAACAGAACCAUCAGCAAGCUGCUGGGCCAGGAGAAGGAGGCUCCACCUGUAGAUUUCACAUCCAGUGGCCGGCCCAAGCGCCGUUCCAGGAGGGUGGUGGACUACUCAGAGACGGAUAAGGACACAUUCCAAGGCCUGAAAAAGUACUUGGACAAGGUGCAGGAGUCAGAGCUCCAACAGAGCAGUAGCCACCCUGUGAUCAAUGUGCAGAUGCCUCAGGACUCCCAGAUCAACCUGAAGCUCCAGAACAUUUUAAUGCUCCUUAAGAAGUGCUGUAACCACCCAUACCUUAUUGAGUAUCCCCUGGACCCUACAACCCAGGAGUUCAAGAUUGAUGAGCAACUGGUGGAGACCUCUGGGAAAUUCCUCAUCCUGGACCGAAUGCUACCAGAGCUAAAGAAAAGAGGACACAAGGUUCUGAUCUUCAGCCAGAUGACCUCUAUCUUGGACAUUCUCACGGAUUACUGCUACCUGCGGGGCUAUCUGUACAGUCGCUUGGACGGCAGCAUGCCUUAUACAGAGCGGGAUGAAAAUAUUAAAAAGUUUUCUUCAGACCCACAUGUAUUCCUCUUCCUGCUCAGCACUAGAGCUGGAGGCUUGGGCAUCAACCUGACAGCUGCUGACACUGUCAUCAUCUUUGAUAGCGAUUGGAACCCUCAAGCAGACCUUCAGGCGCAGGAUCGGUGCCACAGAAUCGGACAGACAAAGCCGAUAGUUGUAUACCGCCUUGUUACCGCCAACACCAUUGACUGGAAGAUCAUAGAGAAAGCUUCUGCCAAGAGGAAGCUGGAGAAGAUGGUCAUCCACAAAAAUAAGUUCAAAGGUGGCCAGGCAGAGCUUGAACAGUCCAAAAGGUGUCUGGAGAUGUCAGAAUUGGUAGAGCUGCUGAAGUCUAGAGACUAUGUGAGGGAAGUGAAAGGCACAAAGGGAAAGGUCAUCAGUGAUAAAGAUCUGGAACUUCUGCUGGACCGCAGCGAUUUAUGGAGUCAAGCUGAAAAGACCAAGAAUCAGGAGAGGGAUGGGGUCUUCAGGGUGAUUGAAACACAGGAGUCUGCUGAAGUCAGCUUGGCAUGAUGAUGAUGUGUUGGUCAUACCAGACUUUGCAGAGUCCCAUAGGGGUGCUGAACCCAGAUUACUUCCUAUUCUGGCCAGAUAAACACCAUCACUAAAGGUCCCCUCUUUCUGAAUUAACUGCAAAAAUGGAAGACUGAAUCAUGUUUUACCUCUCGGAGAGACAUUUUUCAAGCUAUAGGCCGCUUGAGCGCUUGUUAUUGCUGCAGGUAUGUUCCUUCAUCCCUGUAAGUGUAACUCUUUUCGAGUUUAGUAGACCAAAAGUAGAUGCUAAUUUAUGUUCUGCUGUGUGGCUGUAUCUGUUUCAGUUGAGGUAGACUUCACUAAUGGCUGUAUUUCUGAUUCUUGGUAACCUAAAAACCAGGAACCUGUUUAACAUGUUAAACCAUUAUAGCAUUUCAGAUUUUUUUUUUAUGUUUAUUGAAACUCCUUGCCUUAGUCAUAUCAAAACGGAAUAAAAACAAUGCAGUACCAAAAGAUCUGUAUAUGGAAUAAUCUAAUUGGCAUUUUUAUAGCCUUGUGAAAUUUAGUUUUUUGGUUAGCCCGUCACAAAGCAGGAAUAGCAUUUGUACUGUUUAGUGUGUGCCAAGUUCCGGUACACUUCAGUUGUCUGGCUUAGUCAAAAAUUUCACUUCUACUAAUGAUUUACUUCUAAUUUAAUGAUUUGUUGGUGUUCCUUAGAAGUUUUCUUUGUUUUAUUUGACCUGAACUGUGUUUUGGUUUUCUUGCAACUCCAUUUCAUCUUGAAGAGUGGGACACUGCAAUAGAAAAAACUUUCUUUGAAAUGUCAACAUGUUUGAAUUUUCAAGCAUCUGUAGAUGUUACAGGUUUUUAUAAGUAGCACCCACAAUAUUAGCAUUUCUCAGACGUGAGUUUGGUUAGUAGUCUGUGGCUCCACCAGACACUGAAAUACUAUACACAACCCUGAAACUUCACCUAAAGACAAAAGUCGCCAUCCUCUAAACAGAUUAGGCAAAAAUGGAGUCGGUCAUAAGAUUGAUUUGAUUUGAACCAUGUAAAGGCUCUAAGUAGUGGCCUAAAAGAAUAGGGCUAGCACCUGCAUUUUACUUGGCGUGCUUGGCUAAAUGCUUGGAGCACUUCUAGAGCUGCAUGUAGUGGUUUUGUUUACCUUGUUCUGAUUACAUUGCCCGUCUUAUGAGCAAUGUAAGGCACUCCAAAACUGAGACUGCACUGCAAUAGACUGGCAUACCCUAACUGUCUGAAUUCCCAGUACCCUUUUCCUGGAUAAACAGAUCCACUCAAAAAUAUUGAAUUCACUUUUCUUUUUUAUUUAAAACUAAUUUUAAGUCUGCACCAUGGACUGUACUGUGAAUAAAUGUAAAGUAAACCAAAGACUGUUCUUAAAGCAAAAGUGCCCCUGGUGCUAAAUGUAUCUGUAUGUUUGUGUUUUUUUUUUUUUUUACCUCCCAUCCCCCCCCACCACCUUCAUGCAGUCAUUUAUUCCAGGAUGGGUCCCCAUAAAAUCAUUACACCGUGAUGUUCUCCUAGCCUCUGUGAAAGUUGUCAUUGUACAUUAAAGGAAAAAGUUUGAUUCUAAUCCUAA